UUCAGCGUCUGGUGUCUUUGACAGGUCGCUGUCAUUGAGCACAAUGUCCUGGCAAAUAAAGACUUUUCUGUGGCUCAUCUUCUGUGCUACAUCUCAGAUGGCCACUUCUGAUGGGACGGUUAGUUAUAAUCUGUUUAUUCAGUUAAAAUCCACAGGCUGUCCAGGUCCAGCUAUAACAAUGACGCCUUUACCAGUCCCAACAUUUUAUAAUCUGACAGAGAAUUCUUGCAUUAUUAUAUUCAAAGAAAAUACAUUCCCCAUAGGACUUUGCAGAACAAAUGCUGGAAACGAAACAUUCAUUUUCAACAAAAUUCUAAAUGAAUCAGUAGUGUAUAAGACAUUAUACAUAAAGGACAUCCAACCAUUACAACCAUCAAAUGCCUCUCAGGGUUCAGCAGAUUGCUCAUGCCCCUCUUUUAUCAUCUUCAAGAGAUUCUCUAAUGAUGAACUUGAACAGAUCUGUAAUGUGGUGACUCAGUAUGGAUUUUUGUGCAACGGGAAUAAUGUGAGCUACUAUGCUUUAAACCUAAGUGAGACUCCAGCGAUGUGCACCAAGAACUGCACUAAACCAACUGAUGCAACCUACACAACUCAUAGAACCACAACUCCCAGUAUGACGACAGCACCAGGAGAAAUGACUGCUUCAAAAGCCUUAGAAAUGAUGGACAAACUUCAGGAGAAAAUCUACAAUAUGACAUUACAGAAUAAAAGCACUGAAGCGAUCAUCAAAGAUAAUGUUAAAGGUCUUAUCUACAUACAGGACGCAAUGAAAGAGCCAGAAGACAGGGGCAUGGUCUGUUCAUCAGAUCAGGAUAACCUAACCAUUAAUGAGAAUCAAAAUAUCUUGCAGACAAAGUUUGCAUGGUAUGUUAAAAUAUCCAAAGAGGCCUUCAAUAAAUCCGGUUUGGGUUUGGAGAACAAUGGAAGCACAUUUGUUGGAAUUCUACAGUUCAAAAACAUGAAUAUCAAUGUCACAGAUAAACAUACUCUUUUGAAAAAUGUAGUGUAUGGAAUAACAAUGGGGGCAAAUAUCUCAAAUCUUACGGACAAUAUUGAAAUAUUAAUUCGAUCAGAAAAUGUGAGUGAUAAUGCAGCCUGCAAUUCCUGGAGUGGCAAAGGAGAAGUGAUAUGGACGACGUUCGGCUGUGACACAAAAAUACUGAACAACACAAUCAUCCAAUGCUCAUGUUCACAUCUGACGUUCUUCGCUGUGCUGAUGUCAAUGCCUGAUUCAAACAUCACAGCACCUUACUUGGCGUCAUUGACGUACAUCACAAAUAUCGGCUGUGGUUUUUCCAUGUUUUUUCUGGGCAUCGCUCUGUUUAUGCACUUUCUGUUACGAAAAAACAGAUCCAACCAGGCAACAAAGAUCCUGAUCAAUAUGUUUGUGGCUUUAUUUCUACUGAAUUUAUCAUUUUUGUCCAAUGAGAAUAUCGCAAACACACAAAACAAGUCUGCGUGUGUUUUCGUAGCAUUGAUCAUGCAUUACUCUAUGCUGGCAACAUUCACCUGGUUCUUCCUUCAAGCUCUUCAUAUGUAUUUAUGGCUCAUCAGACAAAACCUCAAAAUUAAAAACUACAUGAGAAAGAUCACAGUGUCAGCAUGGGUGUUUCCGUCUCCAGUCGUGAUCAUCAUUGCAUCUCUAGGAGAGUAUAUAUCAAUAAAGAUCAGCUCAACAUCACAAAUGUGCUGGAUUAAUAAUAUCUACAUUCACUACAUCGUAAACAUCGGCUUCUAUUCCAUCGUCUUCUGCUUUACUACAGGAAUCUUCAUUAUGAUCGUCACCAAAAUUAUCCAAGCCAGAAAUGUGAAAGUGGGUGACGUGAAGAGAUUGACAUUCAAGAAACAGAUGCUGAUGAUCUUGAGUCUGUUCUUACUCUUUGGUUUGACGUGGGGUUUUGCUUUCUUCAGUUAUGGAGAUAUGAUCAUCCCGUCUUAUUAUAUCUUCACUGUGUUGAACUCAUUUCAGGGUUUUUUCCUCUUUCUUUAUUAUUAUCACAUCCGUAAUGAUUUUGAAGAUGGUUUUUCUGAUGAUUCAGACCGAUCCAGCUCCACUGCCACCAUUACUCAAUCCACCAUAAGCACCGCAGAAGAUAAUCUUUACAGUUAAAUGAGAUUUUAAUCAUAUAAUAAUCACUUUAACUGCAUUAUCUAUUUGAUAUCUAUUUGUAUCUAUUGGUUGUUGAUAGUUAACAUGAAUAACAGACAGUGGUAGUUACUAUGAAGGAUUUAUUUUCAUCUGUAAUACAUCUGAAAUCAUUUGACUUGUUUAAGUAUGUACUAUUAUGAAAACAUCUGCUUUUAUCAAUGUAUUUUUUCAGCAAAUAUGAUUUAACUCUUACAAAUAAUUAUAAUGUAUUUAGACCUCUGCAAACGUAUUAUUGAUUGUAAAAAUAUAAAUUAGUGCCA